GUCAUAGACAAGACAUGUGGGCACAUGAUGGGCAGGGCCGAAUCAAGUGUGCUUUUUGGUUGGGGAUUAUACAGGAGGUAAGAUCAGAGCAUGACCUCUGGGUGCAUGGCAGCAAACAGGCAGGUAAUUGGAAUCCGAGAUGUCUCAAGAAGAAGAAGUUGUCGAGGAGAUGUUAUAUGGAUGUCAAAGUUGAGGUUGAAGUGGAAAAACCUGCACCUCAAGUAGAAGAACCUCCUACGGCAGAAGAGCCUGCAGAAGAAGAUGACUCCAAACCCAAACCAAAGGCAUUUGUUCCGGUUAUAGCUGUGCCGAAGAUACCCGAUGGGGACAAAGUCGACUUUGAUGACAUCCACAGGAAGCGUCAGGAGAAGGAUCUGACCGAGCUGACGUCUCUGAUCGAGGCCCACUUCAUUCAGAGGAAGAAGGACGAGGAGGAGCUCAUUGCUCUCGUUAACAGGAUCGAGAAGCGUCGCACUGAGAGGGCUGAACAGCAGAGGAUCCGUUCUGAGCAGGAGAAGGAGAGGCAGGCUCGUGUUGUUGAAGAAAAGGAGAGGAAGGAGCUGGAGGAGGCACGUAAGAAGCAGGAUGAUGAUGCCAAGAAGAAGAAGGCUCUGACAAACAUCACUCAGCAGUAUGGUGGUGUCCAACAGAGGCAAGAAGGAAAGAAGGGAGCCAAGAAGCAGACGGAGAGAGAGAAGAAAAAGAAGAUCCUGGCUGACAGAAGGAAGCCUCUCAACAUCGACCAUCUCACUGAGGACAAAGUGAAGGAGAAGUCCAAUGAGUUGUGGCAGUGGCUGAUGACGCUGGAGGCUGAGAAGUUUGACCUCACCGAGAAACUGAAGAGACAGAAAUAUGAGUGUGUUGAAGGGCCUAAAACCGAUCCUCGGACAUUGCAGCAGGAACAAAGCUGGGCGACUACAACGCAGAAGACCAAUCAGCUCCUGGCUUGCAUUCAGAACCAGGAAAGUGCCAAAGGAAGAGGCAAGGCCAAGGGCAGGGUGAGAUAAAUGUAAACAUCAGCAAGAGUUCUCCUAGGAAGCAUCUGAAAAUGAGCAGCAGUAUUUACUUCCGUGACAUUGUGUGCUUAAACAAUAAUAAAA